UUAAAGCUUUGUAAAAAUUAGUUAAUCAUUGCAAAAGAGUGUACUUCUUUCUGUUUUUACUUUUAUAUUCUGAUUAUAAUUUUUAAGCUAUAUGUUUUUUAUUUAGAUAAGGAAUAUAAUUUUGUGUGUGAAACAAAGAAUGGAUGAAACAAAGAAUGGCUGAAAACAUUCUUUCUGCUGUUUUUAGUGGGGAAAUUGAUGUUGCUUAUGUUUGCAAUGCCAUCAAGAACAGAACUCCAGUUGUUUCUAAUGGCUUUUCUGCAUCGUCAUCUGAGUUUAUAGAGUAUUUUCUUGCUUACCUUCAUGAAAAGGCAUCUCCAGCUAACCAUAUUCAUUAUCAGUCACCAAAGAGAAUAAUUGAAAAAAAUAUAGAUAAGAAUGAAUCUAAAGUAUUACCACAAAAUAGGAGCAAGAAAAAAUGUGUUCAAAGCUUAAGUUAUUCUUCUCCUAUGAAGGUCGGUUCAACAAGUCCUUCACAGAUUUCAUCUGAUUUUUUUGGAGUGUCCCCUAUUAAGUCUAAUGAUAGUUCUGAUAAAAAGAAAUAUUCCAAAAGAAAUAGUUUUGAACUUUCUAAUUUUGAUGAUUUUCCAUCUAUCUCAAUGACAAAAUUGGCAAAACAAGUAAAGCCAAAAGGUCCUCGUAGAAUUACAACAACACCUGUUGCAAUAGGAAACUCUUCUUCACCAGAACUUGUGAACUCUUCUUGUUUUGAUACUAGUAACUCUUUAGCAGUUGUUGAUGAAUCCAUGAACAAGCUUUUUGUUGAUGAUAAGCGUUUUUCAAGGACUUCGACUCUACUCCAAUCAGUAACCAACUCUGAAGUAAAUAAAGAGUUCUCCAAAUGUUUUUUGUUGCCACCUGAACUAUCAGAAAAAGAUGUGCAUAACACAUGGGCGUUAAACAUUGUUGUGGAGCUUUAUAUAUUUGUAUGUUCACAAAAUCUGGUUACCAAUUUUACUCUUGAGUUUUUUUUUCUAUUUUCAACUCUUACAAUACAAACUAAACAAAGCAAGUUUUCUUUUCCAUUUGAUAAUUUAGCUGGGUGUGUUUACUUUGCUGUAAAUAGCCUUUGUAAGUUAAAGAGCUUACUAGUCCAUUUUGAUAUAAAAACACUGCAGUUGUUAGCUGAAAAUACACGAGUGAAUGCUUUUGCUAGUUAUGACUUUUUAAAGUAUUUACAAGAAAAUAUUGAUUCCGAUAAUAAUAUCUCUAUUGAUUACAGCUCACAUUUUUUGCAGUUAUCUGCAACUGGGAUUCCUUUUCAAGUUGAUUCUGAAAAAAGAACAUCUUUUAAAAGUGAUAAGCAUUUUUAUUCAUUUUCUAAGCAACGUGACGCAUUUUAUGGUUUAGUAAGAGAAUGGCAAGAGAAACACAGUAAUCCUGAUUUUAACUUAGAGAAAUUAAUUAAUAGUAGAGUAUCUCAAAUUAUGAUUUGUGACAAUGAACUCAAUACUUAUUAUGAGUUUGCUAAACUAUUUAUAGCCCAGUUUUUAGAAAUGUGCAGAGAUACUGUUGGUAGUAAACACUUUGAAAUAGACACCUCAGAUAGUACAUUGUUAGAGUUAAAGAAGCGGUAUCCAGAAAAGUUUAAAAGCUUGCAAGAUAGAUUAACUCAACCAUUGCUUACGUCAAAUCCUUGCCCAACUCCUAGUUUUUCUUUGGCAGAAUUAUUUUUUUAUAAAUUUGUUCAAAUUGUUGACAGUUUUUAUUUUAACAAAUAUUUAGUCCAUAUUUUAUUUGCACAUAUUACAGAUUUGAAUAGGAAAUCAUUCGGUAUAGAAAACCAUUCAGAUGUGCUUUUUGAAUCUGACUACGCAAAGCGUUUAUGGCAAGAUAUACAAGUUGUUAUUUUGGAAUUACGACUACUGGCGAAGUUUUUGGGAUUAAUAGUGUUCUUACCAUAUAAAAAUGUUACAUAUGAUAACUUGGACUGUUUUCAAAAUCGUGAUACUGUUACAGAAUCAUUUAAACUUGAAAAUUUUAUUGAAGAAGCAUAUAACAACCAUCAUUUGCUUAUUACUAUACCUUGGGUUGUGGAAUUUUUCAGUAUGGCUGAUAGGUAUGCUUUUCAGCUUAAAAAGUAUCAAACUCCUCUUCGUUAUUUGUUUGAACUCUACUGCAGUCAAAAUAUGCUUAUUUUCAAUGAUGCAUUUAAUUUACUGAAUUUGGCACUUCUAUUACAUCUUGGCUGGCUUUUUGAACAGCCGCAUGUAACCAUCAAGAUUGAGAAUGUAUCAUUGUUCAAUUCUACCUCAAAUGUUUGUGGAAUUGAUGAUUUUGUUGUGGUAGACAAAAACUUUCUCUAUGCACUUUGUCCAUUCUUAAGCCAUACAAAAAAACCUCUUCUUGAUUUUUCAAAUGGAAAUCGUAAUGCAACAAAAUGCUCAUUCAGAAAAAUCACCCCUAUUAGAACAAAUAUUUUUGUUGGAUUAGAUGUGAUUAAAAAUUUAAAGAACCAACUUCUGGAUAGCUUUUUUCGAUACUCUUCAAAAAGAACAAAAGAAUGCCUUGUGUUUGUUACUGACAGACACUUUACAAAUAUAAAGCACUACAUUUCUGAAGAUUUAAUACCUUACUGUUGCGAAGAAGUUGUUAACAAUAUUAAAAAUGAUUUUAUAUUGGAUACAGAAGUUACUGAGCUUGACAGUUUAAAGCUUCUUAACUCAACUAUUUACAAUAAAUAUCUUGAAGAAGGAAAGAAGCUUGUUGCUCUAAAGUGUGACUCUUAUCUAAAAAGAUUUCUGAAAGAAAAAGCUACAAGUAGUAUCGAGUCACUUUUUCCAGAAUCUAUCAAUGUACAGUUUGUACAUGUUGCUGGAAAAGUAGUCACUCACAAUGUUUGCUUAAAGGUACAAGAGUGGUUAACAGCAAACAGACAAAUAUAUUUACAUGGUGUAGAAAUACUUUAUAAUCGCUAUUUAAAAAACCUCAUCAAGAAUAGCACACAGCAGUACAACAGUUCUCUAUUCAAUGAUUUUUCUACUGGCUCAGAUAGUUCUUUUGUUUGCUAGUUUUUAUUUUGAGCUAUUGUUUUAGGUUUUUAUUCAAAAUAUUAGAUAGUAAAUUAAUUAAUAUUCUGAAAAUUAA